CAGCCCAUUCUCACCGGCCCCCAUUUCUUUCCUUCCCCACGCACAAGUAGACCACAGUCGCCGCCGCCGGCACCGGCCGCCGCCGCCAUGCUCCGCCUCCGAGGGCGCAUCGUUGCCCAUCUCCUCUCUUCCUCCUCCACCUCUGGCCCGGCCAUCUCCCCUCUCCACCGGCUCCUCUCCGCAUCGGCAGCCGCCGGCCCCAUUUCCCCGAACCCCGCUGGAUUCGCCGUCGAGGACUACCUCGUCGACACCUGCGGCCUCACCCGGCCCCAAGCCCUCAAGGCCUCCACCAAGCUCUCCCACCUCAAGUCCCCCGCCAACCCCGAUGCCGUCCUCGCCUUCCUCUCCGGCGUCGGCCUCUCCGGCGCCGACGUCGCCGCCGUCGUCGCCAAAGAUCCGCAGCUCCUAUGCGCCAAAGUGGACAAAACCCUGGCUCCGGUGGUCGAUGGGCUCACCGGCCUCGGCCUGUCGCGCUCCGACAUCGCCCGCCUCGUCUCGCUCGCCCACGCCUACUUCCGCUGUAGAUCCAUAGUCCCCAAGCUGCACUACUACCUGCCCCUCUUGGGCUCCUCCCACAACUUGCUCCGGCUGCUCAAGCGGGGAGGAUCCCACCUUCUGUCAUCGGACCUCGACAAGGUUGUCAAGCCCAAUGUUGCCUUCCUGAGGGAGUGCGGGCUAGGUGAUUCUGAUAUUGCCAAGCUGUGUAUCCAUCGGCCAAGGAUGCUCACCACCAACCUGGAGCGCGUCCGGGCGAUGGUGACAUGCGCCCACGGUAUAGGCGUGCCCCGUGGCUCUGGGAUGUUCAGACAAGCGCUACAUGCUGUCGCAUUCCAAAGCGAGGAGAAGAUUGCCGCCAAACUGGACUACUUGAAGAAUACCUUCAGGUGGUCUGAUGCCCAAGUGAGCAUUGCUGUCUGUAAGGCUCCGAUUGUGCUGAGCAAGUCAAAGGAGUCUCUGAAGCGCAGGUCCGACUUCUUCUUCUUUGAGGUGGGCUUGGAACCGGCGUACAUUGCUCAUCAUCCGGUGUUGCUCUCUUACAGCAUGGAGGGCCGUCUCAGACCCAGGUACUAUGUUAUCAAGUACCUUAAGGCAAAUGGAUUGUUAGGUCAGUACCGGGACUACUAUAGCAUAGUCAUGCCGAGUGAGAAGGUAUUUGUGGAGAAGUUCAUAUGCCCUCACAAGAAAGCUGCACCACACCUUGCUGAAAACUAUGCAACAGCUUGCAAAGGGGAAGUGCCAACUAAUUUCAGAUUUACAUGAACAAAAAAGGGAUAUGGAAAUUGAUUACAAUGUAUGGUGCAACAAAGUUAUCACCCUGCAUGUAAGCUAGUAGUACUUCCUGUUUCGAUGUUCUUUUCCUAA